AUGGAACACGAACCACAAAAACCAAUUAUUAGAGAAUUUUCAACACCACCGCCUACACCAUUACCUCUACAACGGGCAAUAUUUCGCGAGAAGGAAAUCGAGGAUGACGUCGAUGCAGACAUUUAUUUAGGCAGACUAAUCGCUAAGGAGCAAGAAGUUAUUAGAAAAAUUCAACGGUUAAAAGAAAAGAAAAAAGUAGGUACCACGAUACCGAGGAACAACAUUCAACAUAUUCACUAUUCUCAUACCCCUGAAACCUCGGAAAGCAGAGAAACUGUUAGAACAGUAGCAACGUCAUCAUCAUCGGAAUCGAUUUCUCAUCUACCGGCUUCUGCUGCUUACACAAGUUUGCCGUCACCUCCGCUACCUCAACCGUCAUUAGAAUUUUCCAGAGAUUCGUCAUCACCAUCGACAUCUUUGAUAAUAAGCAAAGGCUAUCAACCUCUUACAGAAUAUAAUUCCGAAUAUUUCUCCACGGCUGUUGCUGCUGCUGAUUCUCGCAAUGAUCCCUAUCGAAAUAAUGGUUCUGUGACAGCCUUCCAUCAACAGCUUCCGUUCCCGAUAAAACGCCCUGCUGAGGCGCUUGCCCCGAGUUCAGUAGGUCAAUUGAAUAAACAGCACUUGCAGAAUGGAACUUCCUCCUCACUCACAUUUUUCGAUUCUAUAAAUAACUAUGGUGCGCCUCACAAUACUCGUGGGAUGAAUCAUGGAUAUGGUGGAACAAUGAUGUCCGCUUCGUCAUCCGCAUCCUCUUCUGCGAUGUAUAAUAGGAUUAUUAAUCGGUUUGGUGGAAGAGAUGAUGUCUAUUCUCACUAUAAUAAUAGUGGUGAUGGUAGCAGUAAUAAUAAUCGAGAUUAUCAUCGGUAUUCCAAUCCGUAUUUCGAUAGACAACCUCUGCCGCAAUCAUCCGUCUAUUCAUCAAGAAACCCAGUAGGAGGAAUUCAAUCACACAGGCGUAACUUAGCAAAGUCACGAAUACCACCUUCAUCACCUAAUUGGCUUCUACCAGAUCGUAAUCGAGGUAGAUUUUGA